GAGGCGCGCGGCCAGGCGGGCGUGCAACGGCCGUUAGGGAAGCGAGGGAGGGAUUCGGAGCCGGUGGCCGACGUGGUGGCCGCAGUUGGUGUCCCUGAGUGAGGUAUUUCGCCGCCCGCUUUCAGGCCCACAGUUGGGUCAAAUAACUGUGUUGAUGGCCAUGCAGGAAAAAUAUCCAAGUGAGAGAAACUCUCAUCCCACUUCACCAGGUUCCAUUGUAAUUAAGAAAAGCAGUUCUCUGGGUUGUGAAUGGCAGACUCCAGUUAUCUCGGAGGCCUUUCGGAGCCGCUUCAGCCGUUGUUCCAGUGUUACUGACAGUGGGGACACAGCCAUUGGCACAUCAUGCUCAGACAUGACAGAGGAUUUUUGCAGCUCAAAUAGCAGUCCGUCUUUCCAGCCCAUCAAAAGCCACGUGACCAUUCCAACAGCCCAUGUGAUGCCUUCUACUUUAGGGACCUCUCCUGCCAAGCCAAAUUCUACACCUGCCAGACCCUCUUCCUCCAAAAUCCCUUUGUCAGGAUUGGCUGAAAGUGUGGGGAUGACAAGAAAUGGAGACCUCGGUGGAAUGAAACAUUCUCCAGGCUUAUCUAGAGAUUUCAUGUAUCAUUGUGGUACUGCUGGAGAAAAUGGAAUUGAGCGGUCUUGGUUUCCAGCCGUGGGCCAUGAAAGAGAAGAAGAGAUGAGGAAGUUUGAUAUUCCCAGUAUGGAAUCUACCCUUAAUCAGUCAGCAGUGAUGGAGACACUUUAUUCAGAUCCUCGCUACAGGGUCCACUUCCACAGCCUAAGAACCGACCCAAACAAGGAGUUAUACAAAGGGUUGCCUGAGACCAAGAAGACCCCAGACAGUGGUGUGGUAUGUGAGCGGAAUGGACUACAUCCUAGCAGCAGUGGGUUGCUCCCUUUGGGACUCCAGCCUGCUCCUGGGCUCUCCAAGCCUCUAUCCUCUCAGGUGUGGCAGCCAAAUUCUGACCCUUGGCAUCCUCGAGAGCGGUCUUGUGAGCUCAGCACUUGUCGGCAGCAUCUGGAAUUGAUUCGUUUACAGAUGGAACAAAUGCAGCUUCAGAAUGGAGCCACCUGCCACCAUCCUGCUGCAUUUGCUCCUUCACUGCCCAUGUUAGAACCAGCACAGUUGGUCAGCAUCUUGAACAGUAAUGAACACCUUCUAAAGGAAAAGGAACUCCUCAUUGACAAACAGAAGAAACACAUCUCUCAGCUGGAGCAGAAAGUGCGAGAGAGUGAACUACAAGUCCACAGUGCCCUUUUGGGCCGCCCUGCCCCCUUUGGGGAUGUCUGCUUGCUGAGGCUGCAGGAAUUGCAACGAGAGAACACUUUCUUACGUGCGCAGUUUGCGCAGAAGACAGAAGCCUUGAACAAGGAAAAGAUCGAGCUUGAAAGGAAACUUUCUGCUUCAGAAGUUGAAGUCCAACUCAUCAGAGAGUCUCUCAGAGUGGCGUUGCAGAAGCAUUCAGAGGAGGGGAAGAAACAGGAAGAUAGGGUCAAGGGUCGUGAUAAACAUAUCAAUAAUUUGAAAAAGAAAUGCCAGAAGGAAUCCGAGCAGAACCGAGAGAAGCAGCAGCGUAUUGAAACCUUGGAGCGCUACCUGGCUGACCUGCCCACCCUGGAAGACCAUCAGAAGCAGAGCCAGCAGCUUAAGGAUUCUGAGUUGAAGAUCACAGAGCUGCAGGAGAGAGUGACUGAGUUGGAGAAUUUGCUGGAGGAGACCCAGGCAGCUUGCAGAAAGAAGGAGGUUCAACUGGAGAGCCUGAGACAGACAGAAGCAGAAUUCUCCACUGGACAUAGCCUGCAAGAUAAGCAGUGUAUGGAGGCCAGUGGAGAAGGUCCAGCCCAACAGGAAGAAGGUCCAAAAGUGGAAAUGGAGUCCUGGCAGAAGGAAUGUGAUUCUCUCCGAAAGAUUGUGGGAAAGCAACAGCAGAAGAUGGGCCAGUUACACUCACAAGUUCAGAGCCUAGAGCAGCAAGUGGCUCAAGAAGAAGGAACAAGCCAAGCCCUGAAAGAGGAGGCCCAGCAGAGGGAGACAGCCUUGCAGCAGCUUCGCACAGCUGUGAAAGAGCUUUCAGCACAGAACCAGGACCUGAUUGAAAAGAAUCUGACGCUCCAGGAACACCUGCGCCAAGCUCAACCAGGGUGCCCAUCUUCAGACACGGCCCAGCUGGCAUUUGAGCUGCACCAGGAGUUGGCCAGUUGUCUUCAAGAUCUGCAAGCUGUCUGUAGCAUUGUGACCCAGAGGGCCCAGGGCCAUGACCCCAAUCUCUCCUUGCUCCUGGGCAUUCACUCUGCACAGCACCCAGGGAUUCCACUAGAUUUACAGAAGCCGGAUGUAAUCAGGAGGAAACUAGAAGAGGUUCAACAGCUGCGCCAUGACAUCGAGGAUUUAAGGACCACCAUGUCAGAUAGAUAUGCCCAGGACAUGGGAGAAAACUGUGUCACGCAAUAAGGAAUGCUGGGCAUGGGACAGGCUGUAUUCCCCAAGGAAGGAUCUGGUGUGCUGACAGCCCAGUCCAGCAGGUCCUGCCCUGACAAUCUCUUGCCUCCUGUUUGCUGCUAUUCCCAGAGAGAAGGUGUAGAAGGGAGGUAAGAGCCUGAUCUGGGGCCAGGGGCUGACUAGGGAACUGUGCCUGCCCUGUCACAAACUGGCUUUGCCUUGUUGGAUUGCAUUUGUCCUGUCAUCUUGAUUCAUACUGUGAGGGGGAGUUACUAAUUAACUUUUUCAGGUCACCUGGUAAGUCUUCACAGACUGUUCCCAGCCCCAGGCUGACGUCAAAGGCAAACAGGCUGCUCACUUCCCUUCUCCAUCCUUUGGGGUGGAUCCACAUUCAUUCCCACUCCAUACCUUGGUCCUGCUGUUGCCCAGAGUUCAUUAGAGGGGCCUGGAAAGGCUGAAUACCAGUAACAGUGGCCAUUUAAGAAUUCUCAGGCCCCAGCACCAGCCUUCCUGGGAGCUGAGCUGGCUUUCUGGGCUUGCUUAGGUCCAGUUCCACUGCUGCUUUCUCAGGGCUCUUGUUCUCACAGACACCUCAGGGUGAUCUAUUUGUUAGCAUAGUACCCACUGUAAUUGGAGGCCUAGGGGUUAUAGCCCGGGCUCCUCCAUCUGCCAUUUUAUAGGUGACCCCUCUCCAGCUGCCCUGUGGCCUGGGCUCCCUUCUUGGUUUUCAGGUCACCCAGGUAGCCCCCUUCUUGGAUUUUGAGUGCAAACUCUUCCCUGUGGUUCUGGGUUUAGGCAGGAUUUCCCCCAAAAUACCACAGGUCAACAGUCAAGCUGCUCAUCCCCUCCCCCUGGGGCUGGGGCCAGUGCCCAGCCCUAAUUUGUGCCUCUUUUGUUGAGGGGGUUCCCUUUCCUGCUCUGGGCUCCUUGAGAGUUCGGAGUACCCAAUACAGGUUAGCUUUAAGGUGUAGUUUUCAGUGUUUUCUGGGUUUUUUAUUUGUUUCUCUGGGGCCUUGGAACUCUCUGCUUUCCGUUUUCUCCUGCCUCCUCGUUUAAGGAGCAUCUCACAGUUGUUUGUAUCUGGUUGCCCAGCUGGCCCCAGGCCUCCUCAAGAGCUGGAGCCCAGCCAAGUGGAGGUCAUGUGUAGGUGUGGGGAACACUGAACAGUUUAUAGGAGUCUCAAAGAGCAAACAUGAGGUUCUUGCUAAGCUUUGUGCUGUCAGGGCAAUAUCCUAGACCUCACUCCUGGGUCUGAAUGAGACUCCUUAAGUGUUUUUACAAAUUGUGUUUUAUUUGUGGAGUGACUUAUCCCUUCCAUUCAGAGCAGCCUCACCCAGCCAUCCCCUUAGCCUCUGGGCUCCUGCCUCCUCUCCUGAAAGCAGAACCGCCUGGUUGGUCUCCACCCUGUGUUGGAAGCCCAGCCACCAUGCUCACGGGUAUUUUUCCUCGUAAAGUUUAUAAGCAGUUAUUUAUAUGAAUUGUUGUUAUGUCAACUGGUUUGUAUUGCCUAUUUUGAUUACAAAAUAAAAAUUUACAGACUC